GCUCCUCUUUGCAGCCCCCUGCUCCCUCCUGCUCCCUCCUGCUCCCUCCUCCUCAGCAGGCCGCUGCUGUCUCUCUCCGGCUCAUAAAAUAUAUCGCAUCGCUCUGCUGUGUCGCAAUUACAGCUGCUGCUCACAAAGUGACGGACCCAAGCCCUCCAGCCCCGCUGCGUGCCUGCACCAACCAACAUGUCCGUCGAGGCAGAGUUCAAGAAAGUGGCCGAUGAGGUGAAGAAGGUGAAAACGCAGCCUACCAACGACGAGCUGCUGAUCCUCUACGGUCUGUACAAGCAGGCCGUAGUCGGAGACGUUAACACCGAUCGACCGGGACUGCUGGACCUAACAGGGAAAGCAAAGUGGGACGCCUGGGAAUCAAGGAAAGUGCGUCCGUUUGCGUCGGAAGCCGAGUUCAAAGCUACCGUGGAGAUCGUGAGGAGGUUCAGGGAAGGCGUCGGCCAGGAGCUGCACCAGAAACUGCUGCAGCGCGCCAAAGCUAAGAGGAACUGGCUGGAGGAAUGGUGGCUAGACACCGCGUACCUGGAAGUGCGAAUCCCCUCGCAGCUGAACGUUAACUUCGGCGGUCCCGGGCCGUACUUGGAGCAUUUCUGGCCGCCCGCUGAAGGCUGUUCCCUGCAGAGGACCAGCAUCAUCACAUGGCACACGCUGCAGUACUGGGACCUGCUCCGCACGGAGAGACUUGCUCCCCAAAAAGCUGGGAAGGACCCGUUAGACAUGGAUCAGUUCAGGAUGCUCUACUGCACCUGCAAGGUGCCGGGAGUGAAGAAGGACACCAUCCGUAACUACUUUAAGACAGUGAGCGAGGGCCCGUGUCCGUCCCACCUGGUGGUGAUGUGCCGCGGACGCAUUUUUACCUUUGAUGCCCUUUUUGACGGACAGAUCCUGACUCCUCCAGAGCUCCUCAGGCAGCUGAGCUUCGUGAAGGAGCGCUGCGACGGAGAGCCGGAGGGAGACGGAGUCGGCGCUCUCACAUCCGACGAGCGCACCCGCUGGGCCAAGGCCAGAGAGCAUCUGAUAAGUAUCGAUCCACACAACAAGACCAUUCUGGAGAUCAUCCAGAGCAGCAUGUUUGUCAUCUCCCUGGACGAAUCCAAACCCUACUCCAGUCCAGAGAACUACACAAAUCUGACAGCGGCGGCCCUCACAGGCGACCCGACUAUCCGCUGGGGGGAUAAGUCCUACAACUCUAUCGCUUUUUCAGACGGCACUUUUGGAUCCACCUGUGAUCACGCGCCCUAUGAUGCCAUGGUGCUGGUGUCAAUGUGUUGGUAUCUUGACCAGCAAAUCAGAGCUACAGAGGGCCAAUGGAAGGGCUCAGACACCGUGAGGAGGAUCCCUCUUCCUGAGGAGUUGCUGUUUACUCUUGAUGAAAAAGCCUACAGUGACAUUCAUCAUGCCAAACAGCAGUAUCUGGAGUCUACCCAGAACCUUCAGGUGGUGUGCUACGCCUUCACAGCGUUCGGAAAAUCAGCCAUCAAGCAGAGGAAGCUGCAUCCAGACACCUUUAUCCAGCUGGCGAUGCAGCUGGCCUACCACCGAUUGCACAAGAAGCCAGGAAGUUGCUAUGAAACGGCAACGACGCGCAGGUUUUACCACGGCAGGACGGAGACCCUGCGGCCUUGCACCCAGGAGGCUGUGAACUGGUGCCGAGCCAUGAUGGACCCUGCAUGUGAUGCGAACGCCAGGAGGACAGCUAUGCUCUCGGCUUUUAUUAAACACAACAAGCUGAUGUCUGAGGCUCAAGAUGGAAACGGUUUUGACAGACAUCUUCUUGGGCUUUAUCUCAUUGCUAAAGAAGAAGGACGCCCCUCCCCUGAGCUGUUCUCUGACCCCCUCUACUCAAGGAGUGGCGGCGGCGGGAACUUUGUGCUGUCGUCCAGUCUGGUGGGCUACACCACAAUAAUGGGGGCGGUGGCUCCGAUGGUGCACCAUGGGUACGGUUUCUUUUACCGCAUCAGAGACGACAGGAUUGUGAUCUCCAUCACAGCUUGGAAGUCCUGCCAUGAGACGGAUGCGGCCUCGCUCUUCAACAUCUUCUCCAGCUCCAUGCACGAGAUGCUCCAUCUGGCCACCACGUCUCAGCUUUAAGCCCUCAUCCUCCCCACCCCUAAAAAAAGAGAGGAAUUUAAUCGUUUAAUUUCUUCUCUUCUUCUUCUGUGGACGUGUAGCUCAGAAUGACUUCAUACCGACAGCUAGAUCAGCACAAAUCAAUGCAAAGGAGCAGAAUCUGCACCACUGGAUGGGCACUAAUUGUAGAAAACCUUUUUCUUUUUGGCAUUGUUUUCCUUUAUAAAAUCUUUUUGAUUGUACAUGUAUUUACUAACUUUAAUUUCCUUAUGAAAAAUGUUAAUUUGUAUUGAAUCGCAGCACAAAUAACCCAGUAAUGUUAGACUGACCUUAAUCUUAGCCUUGAAAAGCAGUUUGAAUGCUAGUGUUACUGAUCUUGAAUGACAGAUUCUGAAUCAGCCUUCAUGUUGAGAUCAAUUCUUCUGAAAUGUGAAACAAUAGUUUGUCAUAUUGUUCCUUACCUCAAAGGAAGCCUAGUGGCUCAUUAAGUGAGCUCCUCCUUCUUCUCCCUUCUUCUAAGGGAUAUAAUGUUUUAAGGACCAGAACCACUAAGGCAUUCUUGCUACUAAUGUCAUAAAACUUCACUCUACUGAUUUCUGUUGCUCAAAUCAGGCUAAAGUUCACACACUGAGAUGUUUUAAAAAUAUUUAUGCCUUAAACGAGACUGUAGAUGGACUGUAGAUCCCCAGCUUUGUCUUGUUUUAUAUUCUCAGAUGUGUGAUUAUGCAAACUGCCUCUACCUCUUCAUGCUAAGCAAGUGGGACCCUGACUUUUGUGCUAUUUUUUUAAGGUUGAAGUUACCCACUAAAGUCUUUCUGCAAAUAAGGCAUAGAUAACAGUCAGGGUUUCAUGCUCCUUGAACUUUCACACAUUUCAUCACGCUGAAACCACAAACUUCAAUGUAUUGUAAGAUAAGAUGCACUUUAUUGAUGCCAGAACUGGACAAUUAUUAAGCAGCAGCAUGACAUGCAGAAAACGGACAGCGACGCUCGGCAUAAAAGCUAAAAUUAUUAAGUAGAAAAGUAUAAUCUAAAACUGACUGUAUGUAUUUGCGUCCUAUGCCUGUAUACCUCAGCGCCGAUCGUGCACGUGAGGGUCUGCAGUGUGAUUCAGUGCCAGUCAUAAAGCGAGUUAUUGUACGUGGUGAUGGGACGUGGCUGGAAAGGUUUACUGUACUGUAAACCUUUGGAGAGGGUACUCUGCUGUCUUAGUGGGCCUUGCUGUGACAAAGUAGUCUAUAAAUGUGAAGUUAAAGUGUAACUCACCCCAAAAUCAACUUUUUCCCCCAGAUAAACUGGCGUAAGGGUGCUACUUUAAUGUUAAUGUGCAAUUUUUUACUUUUACAUGCAAACUUGUUCUGCAAUAUUGUGCCCUCUUGGGGUUGAAUGGUGGCUAUUGCAGUUGAAUUUUCCCAUUGGUUCAAAUGGUAUACGCUUUCGUCAUCAUGGCCCAGUGGUCUUGUAUAAAAGUAUCUGUCAGAUGCCCAGCGUGGCGGGUCAGACUCAGGAGUUGGAAUCACCAGCAUACGGAGCGUUGAUUAAUAGUGUUGUAUAAUGCUUUGAACAUUCUAGGUUCCCCACACUUAGCCCCGGCCCUCAUGGUCCCUUGGCACCGUCCACUUUGGUUGAACUUUUCAACAUUUGUCUGAGAGCGAGGUUUUGUUUUUACAGCAGGGUGAGUUACACUUUAAAGGACGGUAUUGGCUCGAUACUGUGUACCAGAUUUUGCCCCAUCUAGGAGCUGAAACUUCAUCAGCUUUUUCAUCCAUCUUUUCAUAAUAGCUCAGCCUUCGUCACAUAUUUAUACAUAUAUUCAUAUUUAGAUCUGAACUUUGACUAGGCCGUUCCAUCACAUAGAAAUGCCUGGAUCUGAACCAUUCUAGUGUAACUCUGGAUGUCUAGGAUUGCCGUCCUCCUGGAAGGUGAACCUCCACUUCAGUCUCCAGAGUUUUGCAGAUUUUCUUCCAGGAUUGGGAUUUGUUUAUCUUAAUCAGCUUUGACCAGCUUCCCUGUCCCUGCUGAGGAAAAGCAUCCCCAAAGCAUGCUGCUGCCACCAUGUUUCAUAAUGGGGCUGUACGUUUUCAGUUUUUAUUGUUUUAUUACAAAACUUUGCAUCAAACUUCUCAAAAUCUUUCUCCCUGACUUGUAAUCCUCUGUCUUCAUGAUGAUGUUUGUUCACUGAUGUUCUCUAACAAACCUGUGAGAACUUCCCAGAAAAUCUGGGUUUAUACUGAGAUUAAAUUUCACCUCAACUAAUAAGACAAGUUCCUUUAGAAAUUGGUUGCACUGGAUUUUCACUAUUUUAUUUCUAUUUUUUUUGGCUUUAGAAUAAAGAAAAACGCAAAUUA